GAGAGGAGCGGGUCUGUAACGCUGGACAAACCAUGGACUCUGCAAAACGCCCACUUCACCUGGACGUCCAACAUGUUCCCUGCUAGCCUACUGGUUCUGAUGAUCCUGCUGCUACCUCAAGCCUCAUCAGGUCACCAGGAGGGUCCCAGUCAGACUCAUGGAAAGCUGGACAGCCUUCUGGAGCCUAGUUUGGCCCAUACCAUCCAGAACCUCCUGCUAACCCGCCUGGGCUUACAGUCGCACCCCAACCCCAGUACAGAGGCACAAGUUCCCCAGUAUCUUCUGGACUUGUAUCGAUUCCACACUCAACAGUACCAUCUCAUCGAGGACCCAGAAUUUAGUUACCCCUCAAAGCAUGUGCAAGGAGCCAACACAGUCCGAUGCUUUCACCACACAGAUUCUCCGACUCCGAGUCUUCCAGAAGAGCAGAAGACCACAGUGGACGGCAUCCACAUAGGCUUCAACCUGUCCUCCAUUCCUUCAGAAGAAAGUGUGGUGUCCGCAGAGUUACGUCUACUCCAUGAAGGGUCAAGUGGAGGUUCUCACGUGGCCAGUCUUUACCUUUCCAACCAUGACCCUUCAUCAAAACCCAUUCUGCUCCAUUCACGUCAACUGACCAGAGACAGGAAGAGUGCCCAACUCUGGGAAACCUUUCCCCUGGAUAGAGAAGUGUUUCAGAAUUUAUCCAAGACGUCAGGAAGCCUGUCUUUUAUCCUGGAUGUUAUUCCUGAUAAUAACAGCAGCAGUACUCUUCCUAAAGACAGACAUUUGCGAGUACGCAGAUCCACAUUGCAGGACGGGCCUACUUGGGAAAGGCAAAGGCCUUUAUUAGUGACCUACAGUCACGAUGGCCGCAGCGAGCCUUUUGUGAAUCUCAAUAAGCGUAAAAGCAGCCGAAGCAGGAGCAGAUGGACCAGGUUUAAGGGUGAUAGGGGUCAGGGCUCUGACUGGAAUGAAAGGCGAGUGAAACGAAACAACAGGAGGGCCGCAAAACUCAAAAGACUCUCCCGCGCUCGUUGUCGUCGGCACCCGCUGUACGUGGACUUCAAAGAUGUCGGCUGGAAUAAAUGGAUCAUAGCUCCAUCUGGUUACGAUGCUUUCUUUUGCCUCGGAGAGUGCCGCUUCCCACUGGCUGACCAUAUGAAUUCAUCAAGCCAUGCCAUGGUGCAGACGCUAGUCAGCUCUGUAAACGGAGCCGUGCCGCGACCAUGCUGCGUCCCUACAGCUCUCAGCCCAAUCGCUCUACUCUUUCUGGACCAGGAGGAACGUGUGGUGUUAAAAAACUACCAAGACAUGGUGGUGGAGGGAUGUGGCUGUCGAUAGCCAGAUACUUAUGGAAUAAACCAGAAAUGGUGGACCUGAAUUAGGAAGAAAGAAACUGAAAGAGAUGAAGAAAGCGAGGUAAAUGGACACGAGAAACGUAAUCCUCCGGAACUUAGCUUUGACUUCUUGUGUCCAAUGAAGCAUUGUAUUUGUGUGAACUUUGACCCUUAGAACAGUGAUUCCCAACGCUACUCCUGGAGGCACACCAACAGUACAUAUUUGGGAUGUCUCCCUUAUCUAUAACCUUCAAGUUUUGGAGUUUCUACAAAUGUUCUGAUGAGUUGAUUCAGGUGUGUUUGAUUAGGAAAAGGUUAACAUGUUGGAGUCCCUUCGGGAACAGGGUUGGGAAACACUGCCUUAGAAGCACUCAAGACGUGUUGUGUCUGUCUUAUUAGUACACUCCUGCUUUUUCUGUCUUAGCUGUGCAAUCUUUCCUUUGUUGUGUAAGUCCUUCUCUCGUCAUUGACAACUCAAAGGGACCAAGAAUUGACUCUUGCUGAGCGUUUCUGCUGCCGGACAGACUUAAACCGGAGGAAGAAGAGUGAACUCUUCUGUGAAAUCUCUGGUCGCGAAUGAAUCUUCAGAGUAAUGCACUGUGACAGAGACGAUAACUGAUUGC